AUGUGUGAUUGCGCCGUGAAGAAAGGGCAAAUGUCUCAUCUUGCCUGCAAGCCGAACGUUUUCCAUGGUGGGAACUGUCAUUGCCAACACCAUCCGCAGUUGCACCAGCAGCCAACCUUUCUCGUUCAUGGCUCGCCUAUCGAGGAUGGUGCUAUGAUGCACCCAAAAAGUUUGGUCAUCAAUCCAUCUCCAACUGGAUUCACCAGCAUUGCUAAUGUAGUUGAACCUAAGAGAGAUAUUGUGAUGGUGGAUGAUGAUGAUUGCCACGAAGGCCGUGAAAUGAAAAGUUGGUGCUGGUACUUUUGCUGUGGGGGAGAAAAAAAAGAAAGUCACUGCUUGCUGUGCUGCUCGCUGUGCUGUCCUCCUGAUUUAGAGAAAAGAAUGGUACGCACCAGCCCCUACCAGUCCAAAUCUUUUGCUGUGGUCAAAAAUCCGGACAAGCCGAAACCGAAGCCGAAAGAAGAGUUGCCCCAGCUGACCUAUGGACCUUGUGACGGAGGGAUAACAACUUACCAAGUAACAACUCCCCACGUGCAAUUUCAACCGGAUGAACGCGCUCAAGUUAAACAAUCCCAUCAUUAUCCUUUCCACCUCUUUGAUUUGCACCAUAGCAAAUCAAUUCCUGCGGCAGCAUGUGCCUCAACUGCCUGCUCCCAACCAACACAUCAAAUAUAUUCAGCUGGAUCGAAAGUUAUCGUCAACUCUCAACCGCAGAUGGCCAGUAACUUCAUUCCUCAAAACGGAAAUUGGGUUUCAUCUCAGCCAGCCGUUUCACCUUUUCUUUCAGCUUCAGCAGUUGGGGUUGCAUCGGGCCAGUCGUGCGGGCAGAAUGGAGUGUGUGGCGGAGAAACUGUGCUGCGUUUGAGCGCGCACAACACGGCAUGCAACAACAAGCCGACGUCGAACUUCAGAUUCGAAGAAGAUAACAGGAAUGUCAUGAAUGGGAAGGCUUACUCCGUCGGGAACAAUUUUACUGUUGGAAAUUUCAACGCCAACGGAGGAUUGAAUCAAGGAGGAAACUCUGGAUUGAUCCACUUUCAUUAA